CAGAAAUUGGAGGAUUCCAUGAUAGAACUCUGGGUUCGGGAUCCCGCCGUUAAUAACUUGGCCCAAAGAGUUCGCUCAUCCUUUGCCAAAAAUAUUGGAAGACCCGAGAAGCUGACGCCCAGCAUGGUUUUGGCCAAGUUGGAGACACGCUUGAAUACCUUGGCAAAUGGAAUGCGAUCACUUCAAAGGUGGAUGCCCAUCCUGAUCGAUCAGAAUAGGAAGCUUAUUAAGGCCAAAAAUCCCUGCUUUACUUCCCAAUCCUCUGUAUCGUUGUCCAUGGUUUCCCGUUCGGAUCUGAUCCUCAACAGCAGCUCCUCCGAUGAGUACAGGUCCAUUUCGGAGCUAAAUCUACGGGGUGAUCCUUCGUUGGAGAUGGAGGAACGCAAUAGCACCCGGGAGCUCUACUACGACAUGCAGAUGCAUCUGGUCAACAUGCUCGUGGUGCCCAAGUCCCAUACCUCACUGCUCCUCAACCAGCGAAAGGAAGCGAUGUGCCAAUGGAAAGGAGGACGUGGUGGCCAUUGGCGGCAUCAAUAUACAGAUCAGGAUUGGCAGCGGGAUCUCGACGCGGCCGCCUUCCUCACUGGGAACUCCAAGAAUGUGCGUCGUCAGUGAAAGUAAAAGAUU